AUGCUGACAGGAAGGGAGUGGAGGCAAAAUUUUAAUUUGGAUGGUUUGUUAUAUGCUUUUGGAAACAUUUGGCGUCUACCUUCAUUGCUACGGCCAAGAUUAGUGGUCAAGGAUAUUUCCUCAAUCACCCUUUGCAUGCUUAGGGACGAUCUAAAAUUGAAGGGAAUCGUAUUCGACAAGGAUAAUUGUUUAACAAUUCCUUAUCAGGACUCGGUUGACCAAAGAGUCGAGGAACGAGUCAGGGAAAUUGCACACCAUUUCGAAUGCAUCAUUGUUUCCAAUGGGGCCGGUGGGCCAGAUGACUUUGCCACAGAGCCCAGGGUUCGAUAUCAUUGGCAUCCCCAUUUUAUCACACCAUCGCAAGGUUGCCGCAAGCUUGAUUCUAAUGUGCUAGAAGCCUGCCUGUGGCGAGGAUAUCAAAGUUCAAUAAGGCCCGAUGAAAUCGCAAUUAUCGGGGACAGGUUGUUUACAGAUAUCUUUAUGGCAAAUUAUUCCGGAAUGGUUGGCAUCCUAACCCAUCCCCUGAAUGGUGGGGAGGACCCGCUUUCGGUAAAACUGGUCAGACAAUUGGAGGCUUUCUUUUUAAAAUUUUUGAGUAAAGUUUAA